CGCUGAUUCUAGAUCAUGAGAGAUCGCCUCAAGAUCAUUCCCUUGAAUUUGGCUGCAUGACAGCUCCUUCUUUACCGAAACGCAAGAAUGGUGGACGCGAAGAAAAAGGCUGACAAGAAGGCCGAGCCUUCGAAGAAGCUCCCCGCAGUCCCUGAGUCCGUCCUCAAGAGGAGGAAACGUCGUCAGGCAGCCCAAACUGCUCGUCUUCAGGUUUCCAUAAAGGCACGUGCUGCACACUACAAGAAGAGGAAAGAAAUCUUCAAGCGUGCCGAGUCGUACGUCAAGGAAUACAGACAGAAGGAGAGGGAUGAGAUCAGGUUGAAGAGACAGGCAAAAAACCGUGGGAACUACUACAUUCCUGGUGAAGCUCGUCUUGCCUUUGUCAUCCGUAUUCGGGGUGUUAAUCAAGUCGCCCCAAAGGUUCGCAAGGUUCUCCAGCUCUUCAGGCUGAAGCAGAUCAACAAUGGUGUCUUCGUCAGGUUAAACAAGGCCACUAUCAACAUGCUUCGUAUUGUUGAGCCUUACAUUACCUGGGGAUAUCCCAACCUCAAGUCAGUCCGGGAACUUGUCUACAAACGUGGAUUCGCCAAGAUCAAUCGUCAGCGCAUCCCAAUCACUAGCAAUUCCAUCAUUGAACAGAAACUCGGUGGCUCUGGCCUCAUCUGUACCGAGGAUUUGAUCCACGAAAUCUUCACAGUUGGAUCCAAGUUCAAGUACGCCAGCAAUUUCCUCUGGCCAUUCAAGCUGAACACCCCAACUGGUGGAUGGCGCAAGAAGACCAAUCACUACGUCGAGGGUGGAGAUUUCGGUAACCGUGAGGACAAAAUCAACGAACUCCUCAGGCGAAUGGUUUAGACUCUAAUAACUGUACUCUUCUGACAAAAAAAUGAAUAAAAAAGUACGUUUUCAUACGGA